AUGAGGUACCGGGAGUUUGCCAGAUACAGGGAUGGAGAGCUGGUUAACACGGCACUUGCCAUGCCCUUGAGCAACUUAAAGCCUAGUGGGAAAGACGUACAAGGUUUUUUUGGAGAGCCAGGAAACUGGUAUUUGGAUAGCCUGAAGCCUGAAGAAGGAGCUGCUGCACGGUGGACGUUUCGUCCUGGCACGGUCCGGGACUCUAGGGUCAGCUAUGUCAUUAUGUGCUGGAUGUCUGUCCCUAUUUGCGGCACGUCCGCGCCGAGUAUGCGGACCCUGUCGCUCCGCCCGCCGUGGCCCCCGGGCCACCGCGUGCCGGGCGCGCAGCAGGUGCACGAGCGAGCGAGGGGCGCAUGGUCCUUGAAUUCCUGUGCAGGAUGCGAGGUCGCCGCGGUGGCCCUCAUUGAGCUCCUGUUCUGGAGGCGACAGACAAGCAAAUCAUCCAUUUCCAGGCAAUUGGAACGCGUUGGCACAGAUAUCUGUGCCACUUGCCAUGAACACGCUACCUGCAAGCAAACAGAAGGGAUGAAGAUGUGUGUUUGCAAAUAUGGAUUUGUGGGCAAUGGGAGGACUUACUGUAUUGAUAAAAACGAGUGCCAGUUUGGAGCCACCGUGGUCUGCGGAAACCACACAUCUUGCCACAACACGCUCGGAGGCUUUUACUGUGUUUGCCUAGAAGGAUAUCGAGCCACAAACAACAACAAAACAUUCAUUCCCAAUGAUGGCAGCUUUUGCACAGAUGUAGAUGAGUGUGAGGUUUCCGGCCUGUGCAAGCAAGGAGGACGGUGUGUGAACACUUAUGGAAGUUUCGAAUGCUACUGUAUGGAUGGAUACUUGCCAAAGAAUGGACCCGAGCCUUUCCACCCGACCAGAGAUGCCACGUCAUGCACAGAAAUAGACUGCGGCACCCCUCCUGAGGUCCCAGAUGGCUUUAUCGUCGGAAAUUAUACUUCUAGGCUUGGCAGCCAGGUUCAUUAUGCUUGCAAAGAAGGAUUUUUCAGUGGCUCAGAAGAUACAGUUUCAAGCUGCACAGCCUUGGGCACAUGGGAGUCCCCAAAAUUAAAUUGCCAAGAGAUCAAGUGCGGCCAUCCUCCGCAGGUGCGGCAUGCACUGCUGGUGGGGAAUCACAGCUCCAGCCCGGGCAGUGUGGCUCACUAUGUCUGUCAGGAGGGCUUUGAGAGCCCUGGAGGAAAGAUCACUUCUGUUUGCACGGAGAAAGGCACUUGGAGAGAAAGUACUUUGACAUGCACAGAAAUAAUUACAGAAAUUAGUGAUGUAUCAGUGUUUAAUAAUACCUGUGUGAGGUGGCAGAUAAAUCCAGGAAGGAUCAUCUCCAAGAUUGUUUACGUGAUAUACAUGAAAGGACAACGGUUGCACCCUGUGGGAUCAGUUCACGAGGAGACAGUCAACGUGACCACAGACAGCAGGACCCCAGAAGUGUGCCUAGAUCUGUACCAAGGCACCAACUACACCGUGAGCGUUUCCACCGCCCCCCCCGUGCGCUCCGUGCCGGCCAUCAUUGGGUUCCAGACGGCUGAAGAUGAUCUCUUAGAAGAUGAUGGAAUUUUCAAUAUUUCAGUAUUCAGUGAAGCUUGUUUGAAACUGAACAGGCACCCUAGGAAACUCGGAUCAGAACAAAUGUACCAAUUUAAAGUUCUGGGUCAAAGGUGGUAUCUGAAUAAUUUUUAUCAUGCAACAUCAUUUAACUUUACAACAAGGGAACGAGCUCCAGUGGUGUGUUUAGACCUGCACCCAGCAACUGAUUACACAGUGAAUGUCACUGUCCUGGGAUCUUCUGAGCAGCACUCAGUGCAAAUAACGAUGACAGUGGCACCAGCAGUAAAACAGAUCAUCGGUAACAUUUCAAUAUUUAAUGAAACCUGCUUGAGAUGGAGAAGUACAAAGACCGCUGAUACAGAGGAGAUGUAUUCAUUCCACAUUCGGGGCCAGAGAUGGUAUCAGAAGGAAUUUGCCCAGGAGAUGAUCUUUAAUAUCACUGCCAGGAGCCAGGCUCCUGAGAUGUGCUUGGACCUGCGUCCGGGUACCAACUACAGCAUCAGCGUCCACGCUUGGUCUUCUCAGCUUCCCGUGGUCCUCUCCCUGACAACCCAGAUUACAGAGCCUCCCCUUCCGGAAGUAGACUUUGUCACAGCGCAUGGAGGGCCUCUACCACGUCUGAGACUGAGGAAAGCCAAGGAGAAAAAUGGACCUAUCAGUUCAUAUCAGGUGUUAGUGUUUCCCCUGGCCCUCCAAAGCACAUUUUUUUGUGAUUCUGAAGGGACCACCUCAUUCUUUAGCAACACUUCUGAUGCUGAGGGAUAUGUGGCUGCAGAACUACUGGCCAGAGAUGUUCCAGAUGAUGCCACGGAGAUAUCUAUUGGAGACAGGCUGUACUAUGGGAAAUACUAUAAUGCACCUUUGAAAAAAGGGAACGAUUACUGCAUUAUAUUACGAAUCACAAGUGAAUGGAAUAAGGUGAGAAGAUGCUCCUGUGCAGUUUGGGCUCAAGUGAAAGAUUCGUCAUUCGUGCUGCAGCAGAUGGUGGGCGUCGGGCUGGGCUCCAUGGCCGUUGUGAUUGUUCUCGCAUUCCUCUCCUUCUCAGCCGUGUGAUUGCAGAUGGGCGCUACGUGUGGGGGAUGCAGUGCUGCUGGGGGCAGGUGUAAUGACAGCCUCUCAGGUGCCUGCCUACACAGAGGCCCCGUGUGGCUUCCAUCCAGGUGUGUCUGGGUCUGCAACUUUUUCCAUCCCCAGCUUGGCCCCAUUUCUGGAUUCAAGACGGUGAAUACCUCUGUGGAACCCCCCAAGAGGAGGAAGCUCAGGAAUUGCUGACGUCUUCUCUGCCUACUACACAACCAGUUCUGUGUCCGUGUACUUGAGACCCUUGAUAGAUAGUGUAAUAUUGACCACAGGCUACAGAUCAUGUGGGUUGGACCUUGGUCUUCCUCUGAGUGAUUCCUGAGAGUCAGCUCUUCUGGAAAUUGAAUGCAAGAGAGUCUCUGCACCUUCCUUUAUAGCAUCUCUGGAUUCAUUUGGAAUCAUCCUUUUACAAUGAGCAAUGAGACGGACUUAAGUUUGGGCUAGAAUUUGCCUUUAUGAAGGAGGCCAUCGAAAAGGAUAGAGAUCAUUGACAGAGGCAACUUGUCAAACAUUUUAGAAGCAACCCCUUUCCUACAAUUAAUUGACAUACUAAUAGAAAGUAUACUAACCUGGCCACUCCAGUAAGUUUCCUGCAAUGUCUGUUAGGCAGCGUUGCUUUGAUACAGAUCCAUGGGUCUUACAGGUAUUCAAAAGCCAUAAGUUUUCAUUCAAAUAAAAAUACUCUGUCAAUUUAGACAGUUCUUCUCUUCCACACCAAAGUUUAUAGCAGUCUUGGCUAACUUUUUUCAUUACUCUCUCUUAAAAAUGCCCUUGUCUUCCUUUAGAUUGGGUGCUCAUGUAGUAACAAUGGGCUGAAACACUGUUAAGCCCAUGGCCAGCGUCCAUGUGUUUACAGGGAAGGGGGAAGACUGUGAGUGAUGUGAUCUUCCCCUUUACCUACAGCCUCAGUGACAAUGGCUGUUACUUUACCAUGAACCAUGACACAUUAGAUGUAAGCGGUCCUGGGCCCGCUCUCAACUUGCUGAAUUUACAGAUGGGCGUAUUAGAUUGGACUUUUAAAACCUCAAUCAGUGUUCUUUAACUUUCCUCCCUAACUGAUGGUGUGACUCCAAGGCUCAGUAAGAAACGAAUGGAGCAGAGGCAUGUGGCUCUCCUAGGCAACAAUGGUAUUCUCCCUCUUCUCCCUCUUUUUCGAGGCCUGGAGAAUAAAAAGCUUGGGGGAGGCAAGCAGGGGACAGUUGUAGUAUAUGACCUUCGGGGGCAGUGUGUAUGAACAUGGCCCUGGAAUUGUGCAGGGUUGCAGUCCUGCAGAAGAGGGACAAUGUUCCUGACGGGGUGGGGGCAGAGUUCUCUCUCUGCUAGCUCACUGGGCAUUCGUUGACGGUCAGAUCUGAGUGGUCUGGGCUGGUGGGCAGAGGAGGAAACGAGAGGAACAAUAGAAACAGGUGGAAACUGUCUGUGAAGCGGCCCUGCCCUGGGAGACCUGGCUCCAAGUAUAUCCCCUCAACUGGGGAGAGUCAGAGAGAGGGAAGUGAUAUCCUGACCCUUGGGUGUUCAGGAACAGCUGUUAGCCCCAGGCCCCAUCAGCAUUCGGCAGUAUUUGGAAUAAUUGUCCUUUGUCCUCUGAGGCACCACCUUGGCCUAUAACCUAGGAUCAGCAUUUAGAAACUUUCGUGCUCUCAUCUUAGGUGCUCUCAAAAGACUAAUACACAUAGCAUUCUACUUUUCAUUUUUAUAUGCAACUAUUCAAGCUCAUAGUAUUUUCACAGGCUUUGAAUGAAAUUUGGAAUCAUUACACAUUAUCGUGGUUAGUGUAGGGUAGGGUCUCUGAUGAGUAAGGAUUUUCCUGAAAGCCUCCUCUAUCCAAAAGAGAAUCUGAACUCCCAUUAUUAUUAUUAUUUUACUGGUUCUGUAAACACCAUAUGUUUCUGCAGCCUCCUUAACUUCCAGCUUUAGAAUUAGCUGCCAAAGAAGUUCCUGUGCUCCACAGGGGAGCUUAGCAAAAUUGUCAUUGAAAGGAAGAAAUCCCACUUGCUUAGUAUCAAAAGCUUCUAGUUAAAAUAACUCACUAAAUAUUGAGUAAAAUAUUACGUAAAAUGUACUUGUGGGUAUAGUGCGGAAGUAUGAAAGAAUACUAAAAUAACAAAAACAUGGACUUUUUCACUGUCUAUGAAUGUUCUAAAUGACAGCCCAGAGUUGCUCAGUAGUAUUACUUAACGAGAGCAGGGGCUGAGCAUUGGCAAGAGGAUGUGCCAUCUUUCUGCAGUUCUAAUUGUUUUCUCAUAAACUUGAGGGCAGCCAGAAGUUCUCUAAAUUCACGUGGUAGCUUUGCCACAAGACUGUUCUUCUUUUCCCAAGCCGAUUCAUGGUUAAGGUGGGGAGGGGAUCUCAGGAGAGUGAUAGUGGGUCUUCCUGGGAGAAUGCAGGGUCUGUUUGUCGAAGGACCGGUAGGACAGCGCUCGGAGUUGGGUUUGCGUGCCACUACAUAAAGCUAGGCCCGAGCUGGGGGUGGAGAAAGGAUCUUUCCCUUAUUAACUGUCUUGGGGACAGUGUGUCGAGUUGAGCUCUGAGACCUGGCUGUGUGCUCCCUUCUAGAUGAGGAGUCAAAAUUGGGGGUUGCCCAGCUAGGGGGCUGAUUAUUCCUUAGCCGAUUUGUGUGUGUGCAUGCCUGUAGUUUUGCUUUAUCUCAUUGGAGUUUUUGUUUACACACAUUCUUCCAUCCCCUCCUCACGACAGUUGGGGAUGGUGGGAAGGUCAGGGGUUACCGUUUUCCCCACAUUAGAACGGAGAAAUGGGUUCAGACAGGUAUGUGACCUGAAUUGUGGGGUUAAAUUUUCUGACUGCAAGUCUGGUCCUCAUUCCUGGAAUUGGACAGGCCUUGAGCUAACCUUUGAACAGUCCUUUUGGUUUUGGGGAGAAUCAGGUCUUUGCAUUUCCUACACACACACACACACUUUAACCAUUGUCCUUAAGUACUGCAACACAGGCCUUUUUAUAUCUAUCUUUUCACUAUAUGGUAUCUCCCCGCCCCUCCCUCACUUCUAGAGGAGAACACAAACUACCAAACAGAUGGAAGUUAAUAAGGGGAAAUAGGUAAUAGCCCAUCUCUGACUCAAGACCUGAAAUUGUAGCUGGGAACUUAACCAAGACCAGAGCAGAAGUGAUUAUCUUGCAAUUCCACAUUAGCUUGGAAUCAAGUUAAUAUUUAAAUUGAUUUUAAAGGAAGUAAAAAAGAAUUCUCAGUGCUCCCUUUUUAUUGCUAACCUCACAUUUGGAUUUUCUAAGCCGCCUAUUUUUCUAUUCUAUUCAUCUGAGGGAAAACCAGAAUCAGUAGUGGUAGUCAAUCAAAUAGUGUGUUGGGGGCCUUUUGCCUGCACCAUUGUCACUGAACGGAAGUGCACGAUUUGGGAGAGGAAAGAGGGCGUGGCUUUUUCUGCGCCCAAGUUUGUGGGCGGGGGAUACAUUGAGGCAAACCAGUUAAAAAAAGCAGUGUGCUCAUUGUUUGAGAGAGAAAAAGAGAAUGAAUGAAUCAUUUUGGUGAUGUGUAUGUAUGCACGUGUACCCAUAUCCAUACUUUCUGGGCACAACCCAGGGUUACCAGAAUGGGGUUCAACGACACAUGUUUUGUAAACUAUUGCUUCUUUCCUUCUUGGGCACAUUUAUUUAUUUAUUUAUUAUGUCAAUAGUGACUACGUUAAAAGUUUGUGCUGUAGUUUCUUUAACCAAUACUCUUCUGUGCAUGGUGCAUUUAGAAUGUUUCCAGAUGUUUGCUAUCCUUAUACAAUUCGUAUGUAUGUAAUUAUCAUUUAGGCUAAAUUCCUAGGGAUGAAAUUGAAAACGAUAUACAUUUUGUGUUUACUACAUAUUGUCAGAGGAAUCUCAACAGGAAGUUUAUACCAGUUGACAUUUUCACCAGCAGAAAGCCUCAAACACCACUGGGCACUGUUGAUGCGUUUCAUCUUGAUUAAUCUGAUGGGUGAAAAAUGAUGACUCAGUGUUUUACUUGCAUAUCUCUAUUUUUGCAUGUGGAUUGGUCAUUUGUAAUUUUGUCUUGGUGAAUUAUUUUUUUUCCCAAGUGCUUGUCUUGUCUUUUAUUGAUAUGAAAAGCUCUUUGUAUCAUAGUAAUUUUUUUUUCCUAGCUGUCAUAUAUUUUGUAAACAAAUUUUCUAAUUUAUCAUCUCCCUUUUGACCUUGUUUGUGUCAAAAAUUGCCACACAAAAACUCUACAUUUGGAUAGUCAAAUUUAUCAGUCUUUUCCUAAUCUAUUUUGCCUUUGGUGCCAUGCUUGGAGGGACCUUCCAGUCUCAAGGUAAUAAAUCUAAAUCAGCAGUUUAAAAAAAAAACACAUAAGUCUAUAAUCCAUCUGAAAUUUAUUUUAGUAUAAGGAGUGAGGUUCGGGGGGUGGAUCUUUUUUUUAUUCAGUUGCUAAAUGGUUUAGCCAGUUGUCCUAUUAAUAUUCAUUGAUUUUUUUCCCCCAGUGAUUUGAAUUAUAUACUGAAUCAUAUACCAAA